AUGGAAGAAUGCCAGAAGAAGGGAUUGACAAGACAUAUUGGUGUUUCCAACUUCUCAAUCGAGCAGCUCGAAAGAAUUUGGUUCAACUGCGAAAUCAAGCCAUACGCUAACCAAGUCGAAUGCAACAUCUACAGGCAGUUCAAGCCACUCCUCAGCUAUUGUGAGUCCCACAACAUCUACUUGAUGGCACAUACAACAAUUGGCCAUCCACCUCUUAAAGGUCCAUUUGGAACAAGCCUUAUCAAUGACCCUGUUGUCAAACAAGUUGCAGAUGAAGUCAAGAAGACAGGUGCCCAGGUCUGCCUUAAGUUCUUACAGCAAAAGUCCAAGAAGUACGUCCUCAUCCCAAUGUCAAUGAAUCCAAAGAACAUCAAAUUAAAUUAUGAACUUGAUUUCACAUUAUCUGAACCACUGAUGAAGAAGCUUGAAGAAUUGGAUAGAUUCUAUUCAUUCUAUGACUAUGCUGACUUCUUUGGAGUUGAUAUCCUUAACCUCGGCACUAACAGAUGGGGUCAGUAA